UUGUCUAAUUGACAUUUGAUAAAGAUUGGGAAUUUGUGAUGUUAAGGAAUUUAAUUACGUGAAAAUAAUCAAAAUACAAUAUUUUUUAAUUUCCUAUAUAUGUAAUAUAUUGACCACAAAUUGCCGAUAUCAUUUCUACAUGUUAUAGGAAUUCUAUUUCAACUAUUUGUUUGUAAAUUUCAAUUUCUGUAGGAAUACAUAGUGCCAGUGCAUAAAUUUUUGUUCUAAAAAAGAAACGGGAGAAAAAUGGCGCUGGUUAAGAUGUAAACAGGCCGUAAGAUAACCACCACAAUAAUUUAUAUACACAAACAAAACUAUUACAUACAAGCGGAUAUUUGAACAUUAAAUAAAAUCGAGCAUUAAUUAAAAAUAAAGACUAUAAUGAGUGAAUAUGAAACGUUCGCUGCCGAGAAAGCUAAGAAGAAAAAAUGUUUGGAUUCGGAUGACAGUGGUUCUGCAAAAAUCAUAUCGAAUGAACUGCUGCUUGUAGGAAUGUAUAGUGGAGUUGAUAAAAUAGACGAGUUGACCUCGUUAGAACGUGAGAUUGCCGAAAUGCACCACGUGGAACCUUCAAAUUUAGAGUAUCCUGGGAAUGGAGUUGUCAAUAAACACGAAUUAUCCAGUGACAAAACUUCUUCCUUAAAAUCAAAAGAUGCCAGUUCUAAAAUUUUGGAGAGUGUUGAUCCUGAAGAAAGUGUUGGCCUUCUGCAAAACAAUUGCGAUCAUGAUGGUAAUAUAGAGCUAGGAGAUAAUGAGGCAACCGCAUUAGAACAUGAAGAUUUGAUAGCUGUGCUAAAAGGUAUAGAUGGUCCCACGAUUACAAAUGCCAAAGGAGUAAAAGAAAUUGAACAUGAAGGGGAAAGUAUGAGGUCUCCAUACGUAACUGAAAGCGACCUAGACGAGGGCGUGACAAUAGAAGGUGAGGGUCAGUUUCAAAUUAUGGAAGUGGUGUACGAUGAGUCCGAUGAAGUUGAGUCUGUACAAAAAGAGACAGGAAAUGGUUUGAAUAAUGCACAUACGCCCCAAAAUCCGUUGACUAGUCCUAACGUUAGUACAAUAACACACCUAACAAAUGAAGAAAUACGAGCUAUGGCUAUGGAACAAAUAGCAGGAUUGAAUGCACGCGGUAGUGAUCGUCAACGUAGGCGCAAGCAAGAUAUUAAGCCUUUAAAGGUUGAAGACAGCUCUGAUUUAGUAACAUCACUUGGUGCAGAUUGGAGCGAUGAUGAUACAGAAAUAGAUUCAAAGGUCACAAGCAAUAUAAAAAAUAAGAAAAUUGAAUUGGAUAUAAAUGUGAAUAAUAAGGACAUGUUAGGCAAAACAAGCGAAUUGGUAUCAACAGAAUCAACUAUGAAAAAAAUGAGUAAGGUAAAUUUAGACAACACUAAAAGAGGAUGUAACCUUAAUAUAGGGGAACACUUACAAACCGAUACCUCUACUUCUAAACCUGUUGUUGGGUUUAAGCGUACAAGAAUUAUAAAGCCAAAAAUUAUUUGGGAUCCCGAUGCUCCUGAAACUCAAAUUUCGUAUGCGCAAUUUGCACGCAAUAGCUCUAAAACAAAUAUGGCAGGCGAUAAUGAACUUACAAACGUAUCGUCUCAGAGAACAUCUUCAGUACCAGCUCUGAAAGGAGUGCGCUUAGAAGUCGUAAGAAACCACCAAGCAGAGUUGAAAGAGAAAAAAAUUCCAAUUAAAGGAUCUUUAUCUCUUAAUCGAAACGACACCGAAAGUAAAGAACAGUUACGAAGUACAGAAUCUAAGACAGAAUUAGAUUCCAUGGUAACUAAAGUAAAAGAAAUUGUGUCUCCCUCAUCUACGACUGUUCAAUCAAGUAAACUUCAAAAAGUCGAUGAAGAAAAUAUAUUGAAAACUCAGUCACCAAUAAAACGGCGUUCACAGACGCCUGUUAUAAACGGAAGUGGGACAGGGUCUAAGAAAAAGCGGGUUAGCGAAAUCGAUCGUUUAGUAAGCGAUGAAGGAGCUGCUAAUAUGCUACAUUCCUUGGAAAGUGAAAGAAUCAAACUUAUUGCGGAGCAAGGAAUCGACAAACCACAUAAGCCUUUAAUGCGGAGUCGAGCUGCUACAAUUUCAGAGAGAAUUUUAAAACGAGAGACAACCCCAACGUCGGGAAAAGGAACAGCACUUACAACAACAAUUGGGGGAGUAAAGAACAAACGGAAUUCUAAGCAACGACCCUCUUCUACAUGGGAUUAUGUUUAUAAACAGCAAGCUACUGAGGAUGCCAUGAUCAUAAGACGGCGUUCUAAUAGCUCGUAUUCGAGUAGUGCGUCAAUACGGCGUCUUAGUUUGGAUGCACCAGUGUCAAAAGCUUCAAGUGCAACCAAACCAAAUUUGACCAAAAGUGUACAAUCAAACACAACUGCGAGUGUAACAUCUAACAAUUCAGGAGCUAAAUCAGCCCAAAGGAGUUUACUGAAAACAUCAAACGAAAAUAAUAUGGCUACUAAAGGAUCUAAUGUUGGAAUUGGUGCAAAAACUAGUAUUGCCAACUCAUUUGAAUUUGCUAAACCUGAAUUGAAAUCAAAUCAAAAAGGAAAUCGGAGGCCCAAAGUAAAUCCCCAUUUGGAUGGCUCGCCAACAAAUGACACUAAAAAAACGUUGCUGGCUUCUACGGGCCGCAAAGCCAACCGCAGUCCCGCUAAUAUCGAAGAAAAAGACAAAAACAAGGGUACUGGAGUAAAUAACAAAAUGUCAGCAAAACAAUUAAAGGAGGAUUCUUCAUCUGGUUCAAACAUAUCAGACGUCGUUGUAAAAAAAGUGGCAAAAGUUGCACAAAUUGUUUUCAAUACGCAGAAGGCAAAAAUAAAUUAUACUUUCACAGCUCAGAUGUUGAAUAAAUUGGUUGAUAUAUUGGAAAAGCUAAGCAAGGAUAUUGAAUGUAAUGCCGUAGUGAUUACAACAAAUGCUCCGAAUUUUUGUUACGGUGUUGAUUUUACUGACUUAACACAUGGUACUAUAGACAAGCGUAAACAAUUCGCCGUUCAUUUAGCAACAGCCGUAAAGAACUAUCUGAAAACUUUGGCAACGUUUCCGAAGCCGCUUAUUGCUGGAGUAAACGGCAGCAAUAUUGGAUUAGGAGUAAUGCAAUUACCAUUGUUUGAUAUAGUUAUAGGGAGUGAUAAGGGUUCAUAUGAAACUCCUUACGUAAAAAUAGGACAAGUGCCCGAAGGCUUCUGCAUUUGGAAUAAUAUCAAUAAAAUUCGCGAUAAUUAUAAAACUAAACUUUUUUGGAUGGGAGAGAAACUACAUUCUACGGAAUCAGCAUUAUCUGGAUUAGUUCACAAACUUACCGCAUCUGGCAAAGUAAAUGACGAUGCUUUACUAACCGCUAAGAAAAUAGCAAUGAUGUCAACCGAAUCAUACCGUUUCAUGAAGAAAUCUAUUAUUAAUAAUUAUUUGAGAACGAUAAAUAAUGCUUUGGACGAAGAAUUCGAUACUAUUAUUGAGCAAUGGACGUCGGAAGAGUGUAAUGAAAGCUUCAAAAAGUAUUUGGAAAGUGGUCACUUUUAAAAGUCUUUUCAUUUUUUACAAUGCACUAUGUUUUAUUUGAUUUGGAAAAAAAAUAUUCGUUGGCCUUUAAUAUAAAAUAAAUGUAUAAUUAAUAGGGGCGGUCUUAGCUUUUCAGUUGUACAUACAAGUAUGUACAUACAUAGGACAUGAGUGAAAUGUAGGUGUCAAUGAUUUUUAACGAUAUUAUAUCUAAUCCCGUUUAAUUAUUAUUGGAAUAUUCUUUAAGAGUAGGAUAUGCUAUUGCAAUAAACAAUAAAUGUACUUCUUUCUAUAAGCAUGAAUUUGUAUUUUCAAAAGCAUGUACUUCUUUCUAUAAGCAUGAAUUUGUAUUUUCAAAAGCAUAACCCCUUGUACAACAACAAUAAAGAAAUAUAUUUGUUUA